AUGGCGGAUAUGACCAAUGGGAGUUCAACCGGAAACGGUUGGCAGGAUUCGCUUCCGGUCCACGAAAAGUACAUCCUUCUGUCGGUCUGUCUUCUGAUCAUCCUCGUAGGAGUGAUCGGUAACGCGAGCAUCCUGCUCGCCGUGACCAGAGUACGUGAGAUGAGGCGGCCUAUCUACUAUUGCCUGACCAGUCUCUGUAUCUCGGACACUCUCGUCCUGCUUAUCAUUCCCGUCUGGCCGCUCACCAACCUUUUCCAGCUCAGGAUAAUGUAUGGCGGUCAGGAGUUCUGUCACUUUGCUGGGUUUUUUGACCGAGGUGCGUUGGUGUCGUCGCUAUUAACAGUGCUGGUACUAAGCGUGGACCGUUACGUGGCGGUAUGUCACCCGCUCCGUGCCCGACAAGUGCUAUCUAAGCGCACCACCAUGGCGGUGCUGUGUGCUAUCUGGGGACUCUCCAUCGCCGUCUCCGCUCCCUACGCCACGAUGUCCGCAUAUUACGAGAGAGUCAGCGACGGCGUCAAUGUAACGUUAUGCGGCUGGGACAUGCAUCCAUGGCAACUGAAAUAUGACACAGCGGUGUUUUGUAUUUUCAUCCUGGUGCCUAUGAUAUGCCUGGUAGUAUUUAAUGUUCUCAUCGUGCGCACUUUAUUGCGGACUGCCAAGAAAACAACUUCCCGGUCGGAACAUCCGGGCUCUCAUGCACGCAGAAACAGACAAGUGGCGUUUAUGGUGACUGGAAUCGUCGUGUCGUUAUGGGUGUGCCUACUCCCCACCUUCAUCUAUCAGAACCUCUGGAAAGUUUGCGACCUUCUGCAAAAAGUUACCGGCGUCUGUGGUAACAACAUAACUAUUCUACGCCUCAGCUGGUUUUUCCGGAUAUUAGUACUCAUGAACAGUGCCGGAAACCCCGUCAUCUACAGCGUUGUGUCCUCAGAAUUCAGAGCCGCGUUGAGAAAGGCAAUCCGGAUUUAUCCGGGUGACCGGAAACCAGGAAUGGGCCAUCUUGACUUGGCCUCAACUAGACUAACGUCAUCAUGCGCCUAG